AUGGCAAAGAAGAAGCAAUCACAGCCUUUGGUCACUCCAUCCACGGCGAAGAAGCCGUUGCCAGUCUCAUCCACGGCCAAAAAGCAGUCACAAGUCGCAUCCACUUCGAAACAACCACCGGAAAAUCCAUCUCCGAUGAAGAAGAAGCCGACGGAAAUCGCAUCUCCGGUGAAGAAGCCGCCGGUACUCGCACUCGCUUCAACUUCUAAGAACAAGAAGCAGCCUGAGCCGAGUACAGAUUCAGAGUCUGAAUCUGAGACUGAGGGUGGUGACUCCGAAGCUGAACCUGAGCAAGCUACACCACUUCGUGUUGCUGCUUCUCCCCCAAAGAAGAAGAGACAAAGUGAAGCUGCUGCUGCAACAGAAGCGAAUCCUUCAAAACGUGCUAAGACAGAGGGCGAGAGUGGAACAGAGACUAACAAUAACAAGAACUCUUUGUUUAAGAGAAUUUGGAGCGAGGAAGACGAGAUUCUCCUACUUAAAGGAAUGGUUGAUUACAGGAGCAGCACAGGUAAGACUGCUUUAGAAGACGUGAAUGGCUAUUUCGAAACUGUGAAAAACUCAAUUAGUUUCGAAGUGAGUAUCAGUCAGUUCAGUAGCAAAGUCAAAUCUUUAAAGGGUAAGUAUCUCAAGAAAAUUACGAAAAUGAAGGACGCUGGUGAAAGUUCUGUUAAAAAAGAUCCUCAUGAUCGCAAAUGUUUUGAGCUAGCGAAGAUUGUUUUGGGUGAUUAUGUCGGUUCUACUAAAACUGCUGUUGUGAAGUCAACGAGGAGGAAGAUUAAGCUGGACAAUGGUUCUUCCAAGGCUGGUGAUGCUGAAUGGUUUGGAAACUCGUUUAUUAUCCGUGCGAUUACGAGUUAUGGUCCUGUGGCUGAUGAAGAAGCUGUGAUGGGGAAAUGGAGCUUGGUGCCGGUUAAGAUGAAGAAGAAGAUUGAGGAAAAGUAUAAGUUGUUGAAAGCUGAUGAGCUUAAAGUCUUCUUGCUUAAGAAUGAGAUUUUGAACGAUGUAAGUUCUGAAAUCUCUAAAUUUGACUAG